GGCAAUUUCAACUCCAGAAAACUUUUUAAAUUUUGUUGGUUUAAAUGAAGAAGCAAAUAUUGAACAGUCAUUAAAUAAAAAUACAUAUGAACUAAUGCUUUGUAUACAUGUAAUUAGAGGCUGUGUGAAGAGAUGCAAGUGGCCUAGUGAUUCUGAUAUUGCAAAGAAGGGAAAUUUUGUCCAUCCAUUGAGUGAUUCUCUUAAGAAAAUAUUUUAUAGAAAUCCUGCUGCGCAGUGUAUAGUUCCUUCAUUACAUCAAAUAUUUCUAUUAGUUAGAACUUUAAAUGCCCUUCAUGAUCCAGCAAUCCAGGCAAAAAUUCAUCCAAGUUUCUUACGUGCCUUAGACAUCAGUGAAACAGAUAAGUACAAUAUUUUAGGAACUGCCUAUAUAGACAACUUGCAACGACCAAAAACCAUAAUUGAACGCAUGAAUACUUUCAUUCAUUCAGCUUAUGAUAGUUGUCUGCACAUCCUUGGAGGCGCAGUGGAAAAUCUCUCUAUUGAUUUUUAUACAGUUCCUUCACUUUCGAAACUUAUCAUGGAAGGUUUGUUUACUAAUAUUCAGUAUAUGUCAGACUCCAGACUCAGGCUUUUAAUUCGUGUGUUUUUGCGACCAUUUUUUCUUCAAUGUCCUGCAUUGGCAUAUGAUGAAAUCAUGACGGUCUUAUCUGAAUUUUGUCCAUUCAUGCUUAAAAGACUUUCUACUAGAUGGGAAAAGUUCAGAUUAAGAUAUGGAACAAGUGAAGAGCAGUUCACUGAAUGGCAAGAAAUUCUGGAUGAUGAAUUACAGCGUAUUUUGACUAGAGAAUAUAUAUCUUUCCUGGGGGAUUUGUUGCACAGUAAAUAUACGAGCAAUAAUUCUGUUGAAGAUGCCAUGGAUGAUGACAGUAAAGAAUAUUCGAAUGUUCCUAUGAAAACCAUUUCUGAACUUGGACAGAAGAUUAUGACAUCAGAGAAUGUACGCACUGUUGUUAUAUGUACUGCCUUUGAUGCCAUGCACUGGUUAGAUACUUCAACAAAUAUUAAAUCUGUACUGUUGUGUGAAUUAAUAUUUAAAAAGGUAAAUUAUCUAUUAUCUUUGCAUCAAUGGCAGAAU